AUGAGAGAAUUAGAAGUCUUAUGCGGCAAACUUCAUCAAGAAAUUAUCCAACUCAAAAGUGAAAACCAAAAAUUAAGGUCGCAACUUAUUAACAAUAAUGUUCCGAAAGAGCAAACCACCAUAACUUUCGAAACAGACGAGGAAGAGCUUGCUCGUGAAACCGACUGGAUCGUUAAAAGAAAUAAUAAAAGAGCCUCAAAAAAGCGCAAAGCUACUACAUCUCCAAGUGUGUCACCAACUCUCAACAAUAUGACACAAAAGCAUUCUAAAGAAACGGAAAAGACAUCAACCCAGCUUCGUCCACCUCCAAUUAUGUGUGCUCUGCUCUUCACCUCGUCUCCAUCGUCCCCAUCGUCCUCAUCAUCGCCAAAUUCCUCUUCGACUCGAGCAGAGUGUGACGUUAAUUGUCACAAGAAAUGCGAGCGUUUGACGGCCAAUUUAUGCGGCGUUAAUCAGAAACUAAUCGUCGAAGCUUUGGCUUACGUGAAGAGAGGUGCUCGAGAAGCUAGAGAUUCUCCUAGUACACCACCAAGUUCGAAUCCUGCAUACAAAAUCGAAGCAAAUGAUGACCACGAUGAAACAUCAUAUACAUAUUCACAGUUUCAAAAGUCUGGCCGAUUCACUGCACCCGCAACAGUUAUACCAAGAUUCAAGAAUUAUACUGUGGAAGAUUUUCAUUUUCUGGCUGUUCUUGGUAAAGGUAGCUUUGGCAAGGUGCUUUUGGCUGAAUUACGUGAUACGACAUAUUAUUAUGCGGUGAAAUGUCUUAAAAAAGACGUCGUCCUUGAAGAUGAUGAUGUGGACUCGACACUAAUAGAGCGUAAAGUUCUGGCCUUGGGUACGAAGCAUCCGUAUUUGUGUCACCUGUUUUGUACAUUUCAAACUGAGAGUCACUUAUUUUUUGUGAUGGAAUAUUUAAAUGGCGGUGAUCUCAUGUUCCACAUACAAGAAAGUGGUCGUUUUUCGGAAGAACGUGCAAGAUUUUAUGGUGCCGAGAUUAUUUCAGGUCUAAAGUUCUUACACAAGAAAGGUAUCAUAUACAGAGAUCUCAAAUUAGACAAUGUGCUGUUAGACUACGAAGGUCAUGUACGUAUUGCAGACUUUGGUAUGUGUAAAUUGCAAAUAUAUCUGGACAAAACGGCGGACAGUUUUUGCGGUACACCAGAUUACAUGGCGCCUGAAAUCAUAAAGGGCGAAAAGUAUAAUCAAAACGUUGAUUGGUGGUCAUUCGGUGUACUUUUAUAUGAAAUGCUAAUUGGACAAUCUCCAUUUAGUGGUUGUGAUGAAGAUGAGCUCUUCUGGUCUAUUUGCAAUGAAAUUCCAUGGUUUCCUGUAUAUAUAUCAGCUGAGGCAACUAGUAUACUCAAAGGUCUUUUAGAAAAAGAUUACACAAAACGUGUUGGCUCACAAUAUAGUCCUGCUGGUGAUAUAAGUGAUCACAUUUUCUUCAGACCAAUUGAAUGGGAUCUCUUAGAAAAACGACAACUAGUACCUCCAUUUAAACCUCAAGUGAAACAUCCAUUAGACACUCAAUACUUCGAUCGUGUCUUCACAAAGGAACGCGUGCGUCUUACACCUAUUGAUAAGGAAAUUCUGCAAUCAAUGGAUCAGAAGCAAUUCCAUGGUUUUACAUACACAAAUCCACACAUAACCCUAGACUAG